AAAAGAGAUAAUAUAAUAAAACCGCUCUAAUGAGAUUUAAUUGUUUCUUGGUUAACAAAAACUGUUAAUUAUCAAAUAUUGUUAAUUGUUUAUAUUCUAUUUAUUAUUAUUUACGUGACGUCAUACUUUACGUGUACGCAAUACGACUCGAUUCGUUGCUGCAACAUAACAUUGCAUGUUAUGCGGUAUCAGAAGUAACAAGUAACGUAGCGACACGAUAGUAACGAGUACUAAUUGUUAUAGUAACGAAUACAUACGGGUACACUUUUUUUCGUUACUUUUACACCUCUACUACUCGUGAACAUGAACACAUGGCACUACGCCGAUUGAUAAGCAAAAUCAGUGACCUUUAACUGCCGUAACUACACUUCUCAGCAAAUGCAAUACGACCGCAGAGCAAGUGAAUACGGCGUCAACGGGACAAAGAACAGCAGCAAGAAAUAUUAAAAGAAUACUAAGUUAAGACAUGCCGUGCCGAGGCAGCGCGCUAGGCGACACCGGGCCGUGCCGAGGCAGCGCGCUAGGCGACACCGGGCCGUGCCGAGGUAGCGCGCUAGGCGGCACCGGGCCGUGCCGAGCUGUUUCAAGCCUACAAUUUUUAUUUGCCAAUAGUGUUGACUUUAGAGUGCAGUAUACGAGUAUACGCCGUGCCACUAUUAUUUAGCCAAGCAAAACUUGUAGGUCAUAAAACCAUUCUCAAAAGUUAAAGUAAACAUGAAAAACCAAAACAGCGAAAUAAAACCGAAAUUUGAUUUUUUCAAAACGAAAUUUAAGGAAAAAUAAAACCAUUUUUACGGGACUCUAACUAUAACUGUUGAAGUUUUUCUUGAGGAGAGAGAAGUUUUCAUUAAACCUUGAUUUCACUACAUUGGCCCAUAGCCGUGGUCGUGACUGUCAUCGUUGAACCAUCAUGACACCCGUGGUCACCCACUAUUCGUCGUCCUGACGCGGUGUUGCAUUGAUUCCCACCAACUGUCUGCGACUGACGACUUCAGACUGAUUUCUUUGGCUUAAGAAGCCCUACCUGACCGAGUUGAUGUUUGUUUGUCAUAACAGCGCAAAUCCUUCCCGUACCUUGGUUUUGAAUAUUCCUCGUCGCUGAUUCGUUGUCCAGUUUCCCGUUCUCGUUAACAGCUGUCUGUCGUCUCAUCCAUGCCCAACUUUUUUUUUGUCUGUGGCGAUUUCCUGCUAUAGUCCAUCCACGGUAACCUCCUACUUUUUUAAACGAACCUUUGAAAAAACACACCAGGAUGCAGCAUGUUUGGUUCGUUUGCAAAAAUACUUUCCAUCAUAUGCAUAUUAAACAUGCAUUAACACUAAAUUACCGUAUAAUGAUGUUAAAUAAAAUUUUACAAAAAAAGUAACUAUCUAUGUACAAUAUUAUUAAUAUUAAUGAUCUCGCAUGUGUGUAAAUGAAACAGUGAGAGAAGUGGUGUGUUGGCAAUGAUUAGAACGAAAUAGUUCCAUAGCCAAAAUAUAUAUUUUUUGACUUUCCGCGUGUAUUUAAGAAUUUGUUUGGGUAUUUGUUAAGUUUGAACAUUUUUUUAAAUCUCUGGUGAAAUAAAAACGUUAUGUUAACGGUAAAAAAAUAUUACGUGCCGAAACCGUGGUCGCGCAUUAAUAAUGUUAAUAGUCACUUGUUUGUUUUCUCUUUCAGCCGUUUGUCUGCAGUCUGCAGUCUGUACGCCAUAUUGCAGUGUGUUUUAAUAUAUUACUGACCGUGAAAUAACGUACAGUUUGUGUUUCAGGAUUUUGUGUUAAUAUUGUGUAUUUUAACUUUGUUAUAUUAUUUAUUAUCUACUAUUGUAAUGAUGGAAUUUGUUAUCGUUUUGAUAUUUUGUGUGGUUCUUGUGAUUGCUGUAAUGGUAAUUGGUUCCGGGAUGGGGAAAGCUACUUCGUCGCAGCGUCAGAUGGACAUCAUUAACGUCGCUCAGAACUUAUAUGUUUUAAUUAGAAAAGGCGACUUGAAGAAAUGUGACGUUACGCAGACGACCGCGUUUCUUCUCAACAUCGCAAAGUCAACUGUUCUCAAGUACUACAAGAAAGACAUUGAAGAAGUUUCAACACCAGGAAAAAAGAGGAAAAAAAGGCCACAGGAAGGAAAGUCACUUGACACAGUCGACGAUUUCACAGUAAAUGCAAUCAGGAAUGCAAUUUACAGGAUGUACGCUGAAGGUUUGAAUGUUACAGUCGACACCAUUUUGAAAGAAAUCAGGGAAAGACAAAUAGAUUAUUAUGGUGGAAGAUCAAGUCUUCAUAAAUUGUUAAAGAAGAUGGGAUUUUCAUGGACAACUGUUGAUGGACGAAAAGCUUUGAUAGAGAAUGAAAACAUAGUAUUGCAGCGAAUAGAUUUCUUGAGAAAGUAUAAAGAAGAAAAAGAAAGAGGUGCCAAUUUCAUAUUUGUUGAUGAAACAUGGAUUUUCCAGAGAGGAACUGUAUCAAAGUCAUGGCAGGACAAGAGUCUACAAUCUGCGAAGAGACGUACUGUUGGAGAUGGUAAAAGGUUUAUUGUUGUUAAUGCUGGAGGGCGCACUGGCUUUGUGCCAGGAGCAGGAUUACUUUUUGUUUCAGGUCAGAAGACUGCAGACUACCAUGGCGAGAUGAAUGGGGAAACUUUCUUGAUGUGGUUUGAAGACAUGUUGGUGCAUCUUGAGGAACCCAGUGUCAUCAUAAUGGACAAUGCUUCAUAUCACAGCACCCAGGUUGAGAAAACACCUACAACGAACUGGACCAAGGCUGCACUGAUCGCGUGGCUGGAGAAGAAUGGGAUAAAACAUGAAAAUAAUUUGUUGAAAGUGGAGCUGCUGAGAAUAGCUAAACAAAACAAGCCCCGAAUACGAUAUGAGGUAGACGAGUUGGCUCGUAACUAUGGCCACGAAAUUCUACGACUCCCACCCUAUCACUGCCACUAUAAUGCAAUCGAACUAGUUUGGGCUCAAUGUAAACACCAUUACAAUAGUAACGUGGGGCGGGCCAAGAGAUUUGACAAUGAUGCAGUUGCAGCCAUCUGGAAAGAGGCUCUUGAUGCUUCCACACCAGAGAGAUGGGCGAGGUGUGUGGAUCACGUGGAGAAGCUAAUUCAAGCAGACUGGGAGAGAGAAGUCCACAUAGACAGCGGCACCAUUCCUCCACUCAUCAUCCACCUCGGCGAGGAUAGUUCAAGUGAAGACAGUGACAGCGAAGAAUUUGAGGUUACGACACAGCAAGUAGAUGGAGACAGUGAAGUACUGGCAGUUCCUCUUGAUGAUUUACCCGGGUGUUCUUAUUGAGGUCUGUAUGUAAUAAACACCUGGGCAACUGUAAGUAUUGGGGUUUGAAACAUUUUUUUUUCUUUUAUGCAUUCCCAUUAAGUAUGUUGAUUACUGGAACUUUAUGUAUUAACUUUAUAUUACACGUAUUAUGAAAUUAAUAAUAAAUUUCAUUUCUGGAUUCGUAUAGGUGUAUGUGAAACAUUUUAUUUUGUUGUGUGUCUUCAUUUUUCAGUGAACUUACUUGGAAAACAAAAAGCCAGUCCCCAUCCAGGGCCACAAAUAAAUAAUGCAUAUAAGUGGUAUAGAAAUUACUGUCAAUUCUUCACCACAAUUUUACUGUUCAUAAAAUUAUGAUUUUGUCUAAUAAGUAUACUCAGGAAAAUGUAUAUAACCAUAUUUUUAUUUGUGGCCUUAACCGGCAAAAUGGUAGGGGUUUAUUAAAUAAAAGAAGAAAA